GCAUGCACACGGUACAUCAUGUUUUGAUUUCGUGGGCCACAAGAGAUCAGCUUGUUUCCUCCGUGGGUUUGCAACCCCGAAUCGUGCAAAACUUGUGUUCUAUUUCAUUCGAGAGUCCGUCGAAGGUGAUAUAAGCGCCAAUAUCGGUAUUGUGCGGCCAGUUCGGAGGUAACAGCCAGCCAGUUAUAAGUUCUGUCAUCGAUGCGCCAAGUAGCUCUGUGUCAACACAAGACAUCUCCAUGGGUUUCCUUUAGUUGGAUGCACGGAAAGUUACCUUCUAUCUGAUGUCUUUCGGAGGCGCGUGCACGUUUUUCAAAAUAGGCAACACGUUCACUUAUGACAAUAUUCCAAGUAUUCAUUGACAGAUCACUGCUAUUGUUCAAAUGUUGAGAUUUUACGGACAUUUCCAUGUACGCUCGUAGCGUGCUUUUUGCCAAUGUCGUUUGCAUGCCUCCCCCAAAAAAUGUCACAUCGUCCAUAGACUGUGUGGGGUACGCCAGUAAGUCUAUAACACAACUCGGUGUUUCUCUAAUGUAGAGAACAUGACACUAAAACUGGUGUCAAAAGUUGUCUAAAAUGGCCAUGUGUGGGUCAGCCAAGAGAACCCACAGACUUCAGUUUCGAACCGUACUGUGGCUCAUAGUGCUCUUGUACAUCUGUACCUUCUGCGUCAUUCUUCCGCUCUCUUGCUGGAACCGACCAUUCUCCCGCUUCUAUUUGAAGUCUAGCCGCACCGUUGAGGGAGCCAUAUUUAAUGACGUCACCCAAGGUCAAAGGGCAGAUGACUAUUUCGAGCGUCUCGAUUCAGAGUCGUCGCUAGUGUUUCACACCAAACCUCUGGUGCAGAGGCAGCAGAACCCGCCCAAGUACGCCAUCGGGGUCAUCACUGUCAAGCGAAAAUCGUCACAAUAUAAGAAGUACGACCCGAGAUAUCUGACCCGAGUCGUUGCCGAGUUCGACAGAUUACUAAAGGCAGUUGAGCGGAGAGACGUUGUGUUACUCGUGUGCAACGCGGAGAGCGUGCCAGGCCACCACAAGGAGGCAGAGCGUCUCGCGAAAUACGUGCACGUCGUGAGCAAGAGAGGACACGACCCACACCCGUCUGAUGACGCCCGCGAGCAGGAAAAACGCGACUACGUCUUCUGCAUGAGUCAGAUGGAGACCUUCAACGCAGAGUACACCAUACUAGUUCAGGACGAUGCCUUGCCCUACCCACAAUUCUUAGCGUCCCUGGAUCGGCUCCUGGACACCCGCGUCGAAAAUAAGAUGAUACAUGGUAGGUUGGUGCCGAACCCGGAAACUUGGGCGGCGGUGAAAUUUUACUUCCCUGAAAAGUGGCAGGGGUACGGAAACGAAGCCUUCCUCAUCACUGAAUUAUUAUCGGCCGCCAUUUUUGGAGGCGGAAUUUUACACGGACUUUUAAGACUCCUCGUUGGCUCGGAUCUCAACUGGAUUCAAACUUUCUGUAUUUUUACCCUCUUGUGCAUUUUCUGUGGUGCUUUAAUGUUCGUUAUUGGACGGCCGUACUUAUUGAUGCUACGUCGGCUUUCGGUCGAUUUGUACUCCACGCGCGGCGCUCCCGAGUGUUGUAUACCCGCUGUCCUGUACAGGACUCAAUCGCUACCUCGCAUCCGGGAACAUCUCGGGGGCAUCACAUGCAGUAACAAGCGCCCCCUCGAUAUUGAAAUCAGUCGGUUUUUACGCAGUGUCGGGGUGAGGCAGUAUCUUGUCAUGCCGAAUUUGUUCAACCACAUUGGCAUGGUUUCAUCUUUACACAAUGAUGUUAACAGUCCGCACUCAUUUCUGGGUUGAAUGCAUGGCCUUGGAAAAUCAUGUGAUGUCGUCUGCUGGAUCCCUAAAUAAUGCCACACCCAAAACAUCAUUAUCCUUUUUUUAGAAAGUGGAUGCAGUAGAAGGAUAACAAAUGCUUAAGGGUGACAAGGUGGCACCCGUCGGAAUAUUGAUCUGAAAGGUCCAAAUGACAAGAAAAUGCAAAAGGGCAAUUCCACGGUUACU